ACACACACACACACACACACACACAUCUGUCUGUCUGUCUAUAUGUGUAUAUACGGAGGCAGCGUGGAACACAGUGACCUGCUCCAGGGACUGGCGCCUCCUGAUGAUGAGCCCGAAUUGCAUAUACAUACGUACAUGUACACAUGCAUAUACAUAUGCACACAUGUAUACACAGUGCACACAAACACUCACAGAUAUGCACUUACAUUGUGUGCAUAUACACAUACACACAUGUACACACACAUAUACACACUCACAUACACAUACCAGUCCCAGGUCUAUGAGCAGCCCCAGCCCCAGCCCCAGCCCUAG